AAACGACAGCGUUUCACGCCGUCAGAAAACUAUCUUCUUCGUCUUCUUACGGGAAAAGUGGCGAUUUCGACCCCAACAAUUUCAGUCGUGCCAAAUACGAUCCGAACAAUUGAUCAAUGUCAAAUACGACCUCAACUCAAUUAUAAUUUAAAAAAACUACCUGAACUUCUUAAAACAUGCCUAAAUCUACAUUGACUCUAACAGAAGUUAAUCAACCGUUAACGAGAUAAAACGACGUCGUUUUGAUAUACAAGGAAAGUGCCGAUUUCAACUUCAACACUCUCAGUCGUGCCAAAUAGGACCCGAACAAAUGGCCAGUGCCAAAAACGACCUCAACUCAAUUAUAAUUUAAGAAAAAUUACCCAAACUUUUUAAAACACGUCUAAAUCUACGUUGACUCUAACAGAAGUUAGUCAACCGUUAACAAGAUAAUACGACAUCGUUUUGAACAUAUUACUGUUUAUAUUGUGCUAACAUCAAUAAUCAAAAAUAUUUCCUACCUAAGAUUUGUGGUCAUCUAUUUAUCUUCCUCACCUAUCAAUCUAAUUUUACAUAAAUCUUUAUUUUACAGCUUAAAAGAAACCACAAUAACCCAAACAAUCAAAACACCAAAAACUAGAAUCCCAAAAAAGACGAAUCAUUAAUGAUCACCUCUCUUUUUAUCUAAUCUUACAAAUAAACUUUUAAAAAAAUAUACCAAACCAAUCAACUCAACUAAAACUCAACGACACAUACAUUGAGCCAUCUAAAGAAAUACAAACUACACGGCCAGCUAUUUAACAAUUUACAAACUUACUUUCGCAGAUGCUUACGAAGAAGACGAAGACGACAACCAAAAUCAGUGAAAUUACAUAAACAAAAAAAGCAGAGUAAGUUACAAACUCUGAUAAAUAUAACUAAUAAUGAUUUUUGUUUACAUAUUAUCCAUCAAAUAAAAGAGAAACAAACACAGCCACACCAGGAGAUACAAGAGACAAUCCCAACAUACACAAAGGCGGCAACAACAUCUCCACCUGCUCACUUCUCUUGUCUUAUGAAAAUAGCUUACAUGCUCAAUGUCAACAGGCCAAUGAUAUUGUCUUCUUAUGAAAAAUACAUAUAUUCGUUUAUAAUCCAUUAAGGCCCAAAUACUAAUUGUCACUCAUUUUAUAGUUAUUUUUAUAAGUCUUCAUGUAUUUGUUUUAAAGGUCCAUUAAAAGCAACAAGUUUAAAAAAAACAUAUAACCAACAUAAUAAGAAUAAGAAAAUAUAUUACUUAAUACGUACACAACUUACACAACUAAACUGGAUAAAAAAUAUCCGGAAACAAAAGGUACUCUCAACAACCUUAAUAUAAUUUAUAUAAUCUCAACAGUACAAGUAACAAAAGACAAACAAACAAAGUCUGAGUGACACAACAAGCAACACCACGUACUAUAUCAAUCACAUUACUAACACAAUUUAGUCUUUCAUGAGUAGAAAACAGUGCAUACAGAGUUUAUCAUCACAAUUCUAACCCUAUAACAAUAAAAAACUUGAAAAACAAUGAUCAACCCAAAACGCAAAAUUCACAGCUACAAUAACCCUAACAAAUAUUGAAAUAAAACAAAAACUAUGUCUAUAACCCCGCGUUUGCACGGAGGCAAUGCCCCUAGUGUAAAGUAAAAAUCAGAUUUUAUAUUUGAGUUUGUUGAUUCUGUUUAGGUUCGGGUCAGUUUGCAUCUAUAGUUAAAAUACCUAUAAAAUAGCUAUAAAUUUUGGAUACAUAUUUGGACAUUUUAGGAUCCAACAAAGAUUCAUGAUACUCAAACUUCAUCAAAAUUUAACCGGAAUCGAUCAUAUUUAUCUUUUUUGUUAAGAUAAUCUAAUAAAAGGAAUAAUUUUAAAGAUUUCUCAAGCUAUCCACGUCAGAUGAAAUAUUUCAUCCAAUCAUAUUUUUGUCAUGUUGUCACGUCAUCUCAACUAAGUCUCUUCUUUUCAGUUAUACUCAGAGGUCUAUUUAAUUAAUAAAUAAAAAUCUCUAAUACAAUGAAAAAGUUUUUUGAAGACCUUCCUAAACAUGUGAGGCAAGAUGCUGUGGACACCAAUUUCAGUGACGCAAAUAAACGUGCAGAAUGUGUUCACGGCAACAGGAAGAGAUCAAACUUAUCAAUACUCAGGUCCGCAAGCACCAGCAACAUCAUGAAUUUGGAGGAACCAUGCACGCCCCACAGCAACACACACUUCAAAGAAUGGAAAGAAACGUCAAGAUGUGCUGAUGUGGAGCAUUUCUAUAUGUUUGUUUGAUGUGAUAAGCAUUAAGGAAACAUUAUUUGAUAACAAUUUAGAAGAUUUGAUAAUGCUAAAAUAAAAAAAAAUAUUAUAUUAGAUAAUAGAAAAAUAUUAUUUGAUAUAUAUCUCGGUUAAUCCUCUAACUAGGUUAGAGUUUUUGACAUUGUAAUUCUAAGAGGAAAACACAAAAGUUUUGGGGUUUCAUAGCUGAGUAACUGAGAUAAUUAAUCAACAGGUGUUGAGUCAAGCAAGGUGGAUAAAUUAAGAAUCAAUAUGUGUUCAGUUGUGUAAUUCGAAUCAAGUAAGUAUGUAAGAGAUCCUGUAAAUGAUUUCUAAUAAAAGAGAUAUGUGUUAUUAGAAAUAUUUUCUGCCUUUUGUUUUUACUGAAUCUCGAAUCUAAAAUAAUAUCUUUAUACAGAGAGUUAAAGGUUACAAUGCUUAAUAAUCAACCAUUACAAUGGUUAGUAACCAAGCAUUACAAUGGUUAAUAAGUAUCAUAACUGAAAUGGUUUAUCAUAGUUGUAGUAGUUCGUCUCUAAAGACUACAAUCACCAAUAGUUGUAAUAGUUUAUACAUAUAUAAUGUUUUAAAAUAAUUAAAUUACCAAAACUCAAAUUACCUGAAUAUUUAUAGACAAAUUUAAUAUUCUUUAAAUGUAUAUCAAAUAGAUACGAAAAUGAACUAAAAUAAGAGAAAAAAGAUAUGUCCUAUUAUGAGAAUCCUUUAAAAUAUAUGCAACUUUUAAAAUGAAAAACACAUCUUUAUAUUAAAAGAUAACUUUUAAAAACAUAUAAUUUUUUUUUUGUUAUAAACAAACACAUUCUUAUACAUAUUUUACAAUCUUAUUUCGGUAAUUGAAUUGGAUAUCGCAGGGAACAAUAGGCUUCAAGACAGUCUCAAGACCAGGAUUGUUGCGUGAUAAGCUCAUGAACUACGCCGUCAGACGUUUUUUCUGACGGCAUGAAAAGCUCAUGAAACUGCAUUACACGUACGUUCGGAGUUGUCAUAAACGUUUUGUAUUGUAAUAAACGUCUCUAACUAAGACCAUCAGUUACAAAGAAAGACCAGCAGUUACCAACGUACUUAUGUUUUAAUGCUUUUUAUUAUGUUCUUUCUCCGAGUUUUCUUAUAUUUAAGCUCUCUGUUUUCGUAAGUAAAUGAGAGUUUCAGACAACAUCCCUCGGCUAAGAUCAUGAGACAAGAUUUAAGCUCCAUUAACAUGUCCUCCUAACAUAUGGACUAAUCCAACAGCUGAACCAAAUGGGUAACAGAGAAGAUACAAAAUACUAAUUUUGUCUUUUUUCUGGAACUACUAGGUUGGAGUUUGAAACUUCUCGUACGUUUUGGCUUGCUUGCAUUUCUGGAAAAAAAUAACCCAUUUGCUAAAACCAUAAACUCAGGCUAAUGGGGAAGGAGGAAGGGGUCAAAGAUACACCAGCUUCUAAUUUAAAACCUACAAACCAAUGUAGGACUCUUUUACCAAUGCGGGUGCUUCAGGUUUUCUUGAUGCUCGUUGUUUUGGCUCUUGGAAUCUCAGUCGUUAGCAUGCACAUGAUCAAGUACUUGAAGGUUCAAACUUUAGCACCUACCACAUUUAUCUCUACGAGUGAUGAGAUAACUACAUUGGAGAGCUUUAUCAAGCCUCCAUCGAGUGUUUGGCACUCCAUGAAUGACAGCGAGCUUCUUUGGCGUGCAUCUAUUGAGCCACGGAGAUAUGAAUAUCCUUUUAAAAGGGUUCCGAAAAUGGCAUUCAUGUUUCUCACCAAAGGUCCAUUACCAUUUGCUCCACUUUGGGAAAGGUUUUUCAAAGGGCAUGAAGGGAUUUACUCAAUAUACGUUCACACAUUGCCAGAUUAUAAAUCGGAUUUCCCUAGCUCAUCUGUGUUUUACAGAAGACAGAUCCCAAGUCAGCAUGUGGCUUGGGGAGAGAUGAGUAUGUGUGAAGCUGAGAGAAGGCUUUUGGCUAACGCGUUACUCGAUAUCUCUAAUGAAUGGUUUGUUUUGCUCUCUGAAGCUUGCAUUCCUCUCCGCGGUUUCGAGUUCAUCUACAAUUAUGUCUCCAAAUCAAGAUAUAGUUUCAUGGGUUCUGCUGAUGAGGACGGGCCUUACGGAAGAGGCAGAUACAGCUAUGCAAUGGGACCAGAAGUCCAACUAAGCCAGUGGAGAAAAGGGUCUCAGUGGUUUGAAAUCAACAGAGAACUUGCUCUUUACAUUGUUGAAGACAUCAUUUACUAUCACAAAUUCAAAGAGUUUUGUAGACCUCCUUGUUAUGUGGAUGAACAUUACUUCCCAACGAUGCUAUCUAUUAGAUAUUCUCAUUUGCUGGCGAAGAGGACAUUAACUUGGACAGAUUGGUCAAAAGGUGGUCCUCAUCCAACUACUUUUGGGAAGUCUGUUAUAACAGAGAUGUUUCUCAAGAUGAUUCAGAAAGGUCAGCCCUGCUUAUACAAUGAUCAGACAUCUCAAGUGUGUUAUCUCUUUGCAAGAAAGUUUGCUCCAAGUGCAUUGGAGCCAUUACUCAAACUUGCACCAAAGGUUCUUGGGUUCUAAUGGAUGUGCUUUUUGAACUUUUGACUGUAGCUUUGCUUUAGCAUGGACACAACUGAUCAUUAUAGUCCACUUCCGCAUUUAUAUAUAGAUGUUUA